UUUUCUCUUUUUAACCUUUUAAGAAAUACUCAAUACUCUAUACUAAGUAUAUUCAGAAUUUUUAAGCCAUUACCAUAAUGAAGUGAUAAUGUUAUUUGUGAGAAUUAUGAGCCCAGCUGAAGAUCUGGGUGGGAAUCUGCUGUAUCAAAAGGCAGGUUGUCUAUAUGUUCAAUCUUAAACACACUACAACAGCAUUGGUUAUACAAAUGUCUUGCCCUGGCCCCAGAGUCUCACAGUAAUAGUAAGGGCUCUAAAUUUACAAUCCUUUGUCUGAACACAGUAAUAGUAAGGGCUCUAAAUUUACAAUCCUUUGUCUGAACACAGUAAUAGUAAGGGCUCUAAAUUUACAAUCCUUUGUCUGAACACAGUAAUAGUAAGGGCUCUAAAUUUACAAUCCUUUGUCUGAACAAAGUCUAUAGGUUUUUUGUAUGGUUAAAGACCAAUGUGCGCUGGAAAGUUAUAAAUUAGGGACACUUUAAUAGCGUCGAAGUCUUUGAUACCUGAACUGCUUCUGAUGAGUUGGCUACAUUUGAAAUAUAUCUGUUUUGUCCUUUGGAUCAGGAAUCACAUAAUAUAAAGGGAAAAGUGCUGUAUCUCUUUGUGUGCUGUAUCUCUUUGUGUGCAGCCCCCAAAUGGAUGUAUAUACAUAUAUAUUUGCUAUUGUUUUAUUAAUAUCUAGGUGAGCAAUACAAGCCCUUUGGGUCAUUUGUUUUCAUUACCAUAUUUGUCAACUUCCCUGUUUCCAGAGCAGUUUCCUGGUGUUCAUUGAUCCACUCUCCUGAAAGUUGCAGUAAUUAUUGUCUAUUUGUUAAUUCAUAUCUUAAUAACAAAACAUUUUCGCUACAUCGUCUUCAUAAUUGUUGUUUCUUUACUUUGAUUAUCGACACACCAUCAAAAAAAUAACUGCAGUCUGUAAUGGUUGGCUAGAAUUGACACAGCAUAACAUUGCUAACCUAAUAGACCAGUACUAAAUCUCAAGGAUUUUUAACAUUCCAGCUAACAGAGAAGUUCACCUCUCCCUACAGGCAAGCUCCUUUCAUCCAGUUUUUUAAUCAGUCCAUCUUUUCUCUGUAAGAGUGCUAAUGUAUCGUUUCAAUAUGAAAUUUUGAUAUAAUUUUAUUUGGUCUUCGACUGCUGAAAUGUGUAAAUUGUGUUCAACAAUGAUUUUUUUUCUUUUGGGCAAUGAAAUAUUGAGUGCAUGUACAGUAAUUAUUUAACGUGUGAAAUGUGCUUUUAUAAGGAAACACAGGUCCUUUCUAUCUUGCUGAUGAAUUAUAUUACAAUAAUUUACUUUAAAGUUGACCUCAAUCUGACUGGGAUAUAUAUACACAUAUCCAGAGAGGAAAGAUUUCUCUCCUCAAAUUGACCUAGUAUGAAGUCCAGUAGCUCUAUCUUUGAAAUGACCAGUGGCCAGCACACUAAUCAAUAUUGAUGUUGACAGUCGAUGACUCAGUGAGAACUGAUUAGGCUGCUGUGGCCCAGGUGUAGUAUAACAUUGUGAGUCAGUCUGACCCCAUGUUAGGUACCACUGACAAGCAUGUGUCACCCCACGAUAGUUAAUCCACGUUAAAGUUAAUCAGUUCCUGAAGAAUUAUGUGGUAGUCUGUCUAGAAUGUUCACUGUUUACAAAGAUGUUCUUAUUAGAGAAACCAGACACCCGAUGCUUAUCGUUUAUUUUAUGGUUUGUUUUCACACUAUCCCAAAGUAUUGGACAGAUAUUUGUGAGAUUUUAUGCACAGGUUUCCCUUUGGUUCCAUUUGUUUAUAUUACUGCUAUGGAGCAGUGACAAGGUCAAAGGUGAGGAGAGACAAUUCCUCUUAGCAGUAUUAUUACAUAAUGUGAAAAAUUGAUAGGAUUUAGUACAAAAGGUCUAAGACCAAAUAAUAUAAGGUUAAGUGCAUGAUGAUACACAUCAUUAACUUUGUUGCAAUUGAUAUCAAAUGUGUCAUAGGUGAAAGGUCAGAAUCAUGUGAGCAAAGUUCAAAGUCAUUAAGGUCAAUUUAAACACUAUGUCACAAAAUUGGGAAACAUUGGCUAUGUAUAUUACAUGAUAUAUUGUACUAUGUCAAGGUCACCAUAGAGGUCAAGGAUUUUUUAACAGUACAUGUAUAACAUUUAUGAAAUCAUUAUAAUAUUGUUAGAAUUGAUACAGAGUAACCUAUUGAGGUUAAUCUCUUAUUUAAUAUUUUCAUUUUGUAAAAAUUCUAUAAAAUACCAGGUUUGGAAUUAAAGUCUUUGAGAGAAACAUUCCAGUAAAGACAGUUCUCAGGGUAACUACCUUCUGUUUUGUAUACACGUCGCCUCAGCUGAUGUCUCUGAGAAAGUCAGUGCUGCAAGGUGCACAUGUAGAUAUACAAUUGCACAAGCCAAAGAUGUUUAUAACUUUACAUAUAUGAGAAAUUCACUUUUAAUUAAAGUAUACCUGGUACAUGAAUCUAAUGUUAACAGACAUUUUUCAAUACUAGACAUCACUUAAUUUUAUCAGAUAUUUUAAUCGACAGUUUGCUAGAGGAACACAUCAGCUGGAAGAAAGUUGAGAUUUUUGGAGGAUGACCUUAUAGUACCUAGAACCUAAUGCCUGUAUUAUAACGAACUAAUUCCCAAGCUAUUCACCUUUUAGGUUUGUUAUCCAAAAUGAUGAAAUCCAAUAAUAAGAUGAGGGAUCAGUUUGCUCAAGCUUCAGUGGUAGAGAAACAUGUUUACUUGUGUGUAUAGUUGCUCAAAAAAUCAUGUUUAUAUAGAUUUGUCUCCAUAGGGCUGUUAAAAUCUCACUGUUUUUUUUAUUCUAAAUCAGACUUCAGGUUUGUAAAACAGACUUGAGAUUAACUUCCUGUGAAUUGUAGUGAUAUUGGACUAGAGAAAGUGCUCAAGUUGAAGUAUUGUGAUUUAAAGCUUGUGUAGUACUUCAGGAAAUAGAUUUGGAUUGUGCCAUGAUAAGAAAUAUUACAGAGUGUGUUCUACAUUUAUUUAAUGUUAUGUACAUAAACAAUGUGCAUGUUUUUCCUGGUUAUUGUUGGGAUAUUGUUGUUAGCCUCACAUUUGUAAAGCUUGGCAUGGAUAUGGUGAUUCACUGUUAUAAUUCAUUAGAAAUCUGUUAUAAUUAAUUAGCCUAUAUUAAAGACAUUAAAUAUUGUUAAACACUUACCACAUUGUAAUCCUUAAUUCAAGUCCUUGUAGAGUAAUAUAUCUAUUUGUAAGUACAUGUGUGGGUAUAUAGAACAAAAUUGUAUAAUAAAUGUACCAGCCAGAACCUCCAUAACCCUGGGGGGUUAGUGACCAACCCAAAAUACCUGUAUCUCCGAUGGGGGUUUAAAGGUGUGGUCCAGCCCUGCUCUGUCUCUGAGAGUAUGACAGAUAUGAGCCAACUCAAAUCCAGGUAUCUUGGAGAGGUUGGAUAGAUAUGAGCCAACUCAAAUCCUGGUAUCUUGGAGAGGUUGGACAGAUAUGAGUCAACUCAAAUCCUGGUGUCUUAGAGGGGUUGGACAGAUAUGAGCCAACUCAAAUCCUGGUAUCUUGGAGAGGUUGGACAGAUAUGAGCCAACUCAAACCCUGGUGUCUUGGAGGGGUUGGACAGAUAUGAAUCAACUCAAACCCUGGUGUCUUGGAGGGGUUGGACAGAUACUAAAAGUCAUGUAUUGCAUGAAACAGUAGUGAUCAUAUAUCUGUAUUUAAGUCAUACAAGAAUAAUGAAUUAUUUUGUAAUUUCAAAAUUGUUUUACAUUUACUAGUCUUACUGUAAUAAAUAUACUGUAAUUAAGUGAAUUGUAUCUAUUUGACUGUAUUAAAUAUCUUCAUCAUUUUACAGUUAUUUUUCUGACCAUCAUAAUGUCAAAAAACUCCUUAACUCGUCAGGAAAAUAGAACAUAAUACUGACACAUGUACAUGUUCUAACAUCCAAAUAAUUUUCAGAGUAAAACAUUAUAUAAUGAUUUAUGUCAGGUAUACACUACAACACAGUCUGACUUACUGUAUGUACAUAGUUACAGCUCCUGGGUGUUGUACCUGUAUCUGUAGUAUUUACAUAGUUACAGCUCCUGGGUGUUGUACCUGUAUCUGUAGUAUUUACAUAGUUACAGCUCCUGGGUGUUGUACCUGUACCUGCAGUAUUUACAUAGUUACAGCUCCUGGGUGUUGUACCUGUACCUGCAGUAUUUACAUAGUUACAGCUCCUGGGUGUUGUACCUGUAGUAUUUACAUAGUUACAGCUCCUGUGUGUUGUACCUGUACCUGCAGUAUUUACAUAGUUACAGCUCCUGGGUGUUGUACCUGUAGUAUUUACAUAGUUACAGCUCCUGUGUGUUGUACCUGUACCUACAGUAUUUACAUAGUUACAGCUCCUGGGUGUUGUACCUGUACCUACAGUAUUUACAUAGUUACAGCUCCUGGGUGUUAUACCUGUACCUGCAAUAUUUACAUAGUUACAGCUCCUUGGUGUUGUACCUGUUCCUGUACCUGUAGUAUUUACAUAGUUACAGCUCCUGGGUGUUGUACCUGUACCAGAUGUAUUUACAUAGUUACAGCUCCGUGUGUUGUACCUGUACCUACAGUAUUUACAUAGUUACAGCUCCUGGGUGUUGUACCUGUAGUAUUUACAUAGUUACAGCUCCUGUGUGUUGUACCUGUACCUACAGUAUUUACAUAGUUACAGCUCCUGGGUGUUAUACCUGUACCUGCAGUAUUUACGUAGUUACAGCUCCUUGGUGUUGUACCUGUUCCUGUACCUGUAGUAUUUACAUAGUUACAUCUCCUGGGUGUUGUACCUGUACCAGAUGUAUUUACAUAGUUACAGCUCUGUGUGUUGUACCUGUACCUACAGUAUUUACAUAGUUACAGCUCCUGGGUGUUAUACCUGUACCUGUAGUAUUUACAUAGUUACAGCUCCUGUGUGUUGUACCUGUACCUACAGUAUUUACAUAGUUACAGCUCCUGGUGUUAUACCUGUACCUGCAGUAUUUACAUAGUUACAGCUCCUUGGUGUUGUACCUGUUCCUGUACCUGUAGUAUUUACUUAGUUACAGCUCCUGGGUGUUGUACCUGUACCUGUAGUAUUUACAUAGUUACAGCUCCUGGGUGUGGUACCUGUACCAGCUGUAUUUACAUAGUUACAGCUCCUGGGUGUUGUACCUGUACCUGUAGUAUUUACAUAGUUAGAGCUCCUGUGUGUUGUACCUGUACCUGCAGUGUUCAGUAUGUCGUUACAGCUCCUGGGUGUUGUACCUGUACCUGCAGUGUUCAGUAUGUCGUUACAGCUCCUGUGUGUUGUACCUGUACCUGCAGUGUUCAGGAUGUCGUUACAGCUCCUGUGUGUUGUACCUGUACCUGCAGUGUUCAGUAUGUCGUUACAGCUCCUGUGUGUUGUACCUGUACCUGCAGUGUUCAGUAUGUCGUUACAGCUCCUGGGUGUUGUACCUGUACCUGCAGUGUUCAGUAUGUCGUUACAGCUCCUGUGUGUUGUACCUGUACCUGCAGUGUUCAGUAUGUCGUUACAGCUCCUGUGUGUUGUACCUGUACCUGCAGUGUUCAGUAUGUCGUUACAGCUCCUGUGUGUUGUACCUGUACCUGCAGUGUUCAGUAUGUCGUUACAGCUCCUGUGUGUUGUACCUGUACCUGCAGUGUUCAGUAUGUCGUUACAGCUCCUGUGUGUUGUACCUGUACCUGCAGUGUUCAGUAUGUCGUUACAGCUCCUGUGUGUUGUACCUGUACCUACAGUGUUCAGGAUGUCGUUACAGCUCCUGUGUGUUGUACCUGUACCUGCAGUGUUCAGUAUGUCGUUACAGCUCCUGUGUGUUGUACCUGUACCUGCAGUGUUCAGUAUGUCGUUACAGCUCCUGUGUGUUGUACCUGUACCUGCAGUGUUCAGUAUGUCGUUACAGCUCCUGUGUGUUGUACCUGUACCUGCAGUGUUCACUAUGUCGUUACAGUUCUUGUGUGUUGUACCUGUACCUGCAGUGUUCACUAUGUCGUUACAGCUCCUGUGUGUUGUACCUGUACCUGCAGUGUUCACUAUGUCGUUACAGCUGUCUGGUUUUUCUGUUAGAGGUGUUUACACUAGCUUGCAGUGUUUACUUGGUAUACCAGGUAAGAAAGCUUCUGGUGCUGCUUACAUUAUAAAUGUGCCUCUAAAUCAAUGUAUAUCUUUCUGAUAGGACCACAUCUUUAUUAUCUGUUAUUCUAUGUAUUAAUGUACAAUAAAAUAUUUUUAUUGAA